AUGUCAAUCUAUGUUAGUCCUUUUGGAACAAAACUUGAGUUUGUCAAUUAUGUGAGUGCAAAUGUACUUGGUGUCCAAGGUUUCUUGUUUUACAUAACAUUUUGGGCAAAAUAUCUUUCAUCCCCAAAUCCAGAGCCAAAACUUUACCAAGCAAAGGUGAUGAAAUUUAUGGAUGAGAUCAAGGUUAGUGAGUAUAGGCUAAGUCCAACACAAGAACGAAUGAUCAAUGGUUGA